AUGGGUUUCCACAAGUCAUGCAUGGAUAUCGAACUCAAGCAGGGACAUGUCCUCAGUGCAUACUGCCGUCGCCCGUCAGGGGAAGCCCACUACUCGGAACUGGAUCUGAACGAUUUCAUCGGAGCCAAGAAAGGUAAAUUCACAUGGAGCGCCGAGAACUUCUCCGACGGUGCGGCGAACGUCCACCUCGAGUGGGAGGGCGACACCAAGCCCAAGAAGCCCAUCCUACAUGCCGAACUGGCCGAUGGCAACGAUUACCACGAGGAUUGUGUGAAUCUGGCGGAUUGCAUCAAGAACGAGGAUGGCCAUCUGCGGUUCAUGGACUGUUUUUAG